AUGAGGAAAGCGGCAUGGCUCUUAACUUCCAGUCAGAAGCAAGAGGGCAAAAUAGAAACAACUCCAAGCUGCCAGUGGAAGAUGAGGCAACCUACGGAUGCCACGAAGAAAGCCAAUGUCACACAGGAACCCACUACCAAUGGAACUACAGAAAAUAAACCUGACUUGAAGAUCUUUGUGUCUCACUUGUGGCAGUUUUUGUGUCAGCCGCACCACACUGGCUUAGCAGACAACGCCACAUGCAGACUUUGUCCUGAAAACUGGUUCCUGUAUGAGGAGAAAUGCUACUGGAUCUCCAAAGAAAAAGGAAGCUGGAAGAAGGGUAAGGAAGACUGCACAGCAAAAUCGUCUCAGCUACUGGUGAUGCCGAAACAGAAAGACACGGCUUUUAUCCAGAGUAUUAAUGAAGAGAUGCAAUUGCUGUGGAUUGGACUACAAACUACAUUCCCUGAACAAAAAUGGAUAUGGGUGGAUGGCUCCCUAUUAGAUGACAAACAAUCACAAGACCUGGGCCCUGUGGAAACAAACAGCUGUGGGAUGCUGAAUGGGAAUGACAUUAUUUCUGAAGCCUGCGGUACUGUGACCACAUGGGUCUGCGAGACAGAAGCCCUCAAUAUAAGCAAUGAUAAAAUGUAA